CCCUCUCGAGAUGCGCCUCUCGCCGAGAAGACCUCCGCGGACCGCCUGAUGUAGCGGAAUCGGACGGCUCAGGUGUCUUCGUUUUGGUUCGAGGGAAAACCUCCCACUUCCCUCCAUUUUGUUGUUCCACCUGCCGCCCGAUUUCUCGCAUCCCGGCUCUCCCCGAGUCGUCCCUCCGGCCAGUUUCCGGCGAGCUUGUGGCGAGCAUCGGGCGGUCUGGGUUCUUCCUCUGUCCGAUUCGGCAAUCUUCCAGCUCUUGUCCCCGCAGGAGCCUCUCCGCUUCCUCUCUGAUGCGGCUGUCUUCUGACGAGGGGAACGUCCGGCCGGACGACUCAAUCACUUCCCCUCUCCGUUAGCCGGAAAAGAGAACGCGGAGACUCUCCUUCAACUCUCAUUCCCUCGAUCUGCCGACUCGGGGGAGCGGCGGGCGGGCCACCCCAGGUCUCUUGAUUUCGUCGCUCUUUCUGUGAUCUCGCGGGUUUGAGGUUUGUGCAGCAUUUAGUUAUGGAAGUAGGUGAAUGCUCUGUGCAGCAGAAUGAAGUUAAUGAUGACUUAUCAGUAGAAGCUGAAAAUGGUAGACUUAUGGAUGAAACAGUAGAUCUCCAAAUGCAUGAUAAGAAUGUUGGUCCAGAAAUGGAUCAAGAAGAAGAAGAUUUAGAAAUUGGUGAAAAUGAUGAAGAUGAAAAUUUUGAUAAGGAUAUUGAUAGUAAUGUUGACUGGUUCUGUCCUGAUGUGCCACCGGAAUUGAAGCCUAAGAUAGGAAUGACUUUUAGCGACGAGAAGGAUGCUUAUGAUUUUUACAGCACCUAUGCUAGUAGUGCUGGCUUUAGUAUAAGAAAGAAUCAUCUCAAAAAGAAAAGAGGAGAAGUGUAUUUUCGUCAAUUUACAUGUAGUAAGAAUGGAUUAAAGAGGGUAAAAUCUGUAGAAGGGAAAAAGAUGCAGACGGAUAGAAGGUGUGGGUGUCUAGCAGAUAUGCGAAUAUCAGUAAAUAAAAAGACUAACGUGUGGGUUGUAGCAAAUUGGAAAGAGCACCAUAAUCAUCCAGUGCAUAAUGCAGACAAGGAAAAAUCUCCUCGAUCUUCAGAGGACAACCGAAUACCAACUGAAUUUCCCAAAAAGGAGCAUCAAACGUCAUCUGAAGUCUUAAAAAGAUCUCGGAAAAAAACUCCUCAAGUGAUGCCUAUCUUGUCAUUAGAAGCAAAAGGUACAAUCAACCUUGGAUUUGGAAAAGGUACAAGCAACUUACCUUUUACUGGAAAUCAAGUUCAUGUGCAACCAAGCAAAACAAUUUACAGUUUUGGUGGAAAGGAUUAUGAAGCUAUUCUUGAUUAUUUUACAACAAAGAAAGCCGAGCAUCAAGGAUUUUAUGCCAAUAUUCAAAUAGAUGAUUCUGGGCAAUUCGGCAAUUGUUUUUGGGUUGACAAUGCUGCACGGCGUGAUUAUUACUGUUUUGGAGAUGUUCUACUAUUUGAAACUACUUCUGUGAAGAAAAUGGGAUGCAUGCCGUGUGUUCCAUUUAUUGGAAUAAAUAAUCAUUGGCAGAGAAUUAAUUUUGGUUUUUUGUUGUUGGUGAAUGAAACCGUAGAGUCUUUUGAAUGGGCUUUCAAAGAGUGGUUAAAUGUCAUGGAUGGUAACUCUCCCAAGGUAAUUAUAACAAAUCAAGAUUGGGCAAUGAAAGUUGCAAUAGCUAGAGUGUUCCCUAGUUCAGUACACAAGUAUUGUACAUGGCAUGUGACAGAAAGUUUACAUAAUAAUUUAGAAUAUACAGUUCGAAUGCGUGCAAGCUUCAAAAAUACUUGGAAUGACUGUGUUUAUGGUUCAAUAAAUAUUGCAGAUUUUGAACAGAGGUGGGAAAACAUGUUAAAUAUGUUUCCAGAACUGAAGACCAUGGAAUGGGUACAAGAUUACUGGGAUGACAGAUCAAAAUGGGUUCAAGUGUACUUUGGUGAUACAUUUAUGGCGGGAUUGCAUGGUUCCCGACAAGCCGAUGGCAGUAAUGGUAUUAUUGAGAAGACUAUUGAUAGACACACUCCUUUUCAUGAGUUUUUUGAAAUUAUAGAAAAGAGUGUCUUUAGGGUACAGGCUUGUGAAAACGAACUUAGUCAUAAAAUGGAUGAUGAGAUGCCAAAUUCCUUAACUAAUUGCCCUCUUGAAACUGAUUUGAUGAAAAUAUUUACUUGGAAGUCAUUUCAGAAAUUUCAAGUUGAGAUACAAAACUCGUUAAAAUGUGUGCCAAAGGUCGAGAAAGUUCCAGGUGGUCGGAAGUAUGUUCUCACUGACUUCUCUGAGAACAAUAUUAAAGAAUAUGUGUUGAUCUUCGAUGAAAAAUCUAAGGAAAUCUCCAAAUGUGCAUGUUGCAAAUGGGAGGUGGAAGGAAUUGUAUGCAGGCAUAUUUUUUGGGUACUUAGGAUUGAAGGAUUUGAGAAACUUCCAACUAAGUACAUCUUGAAAAGGUGGACACGAAAUGCAAAAGAUUGUCUCCAGUUUAAUUAUGUUGGUGAUCGAGGUCAACUGCAAGAUUCUAAAAUCUUUUGGCAAAAUCAUCUAUCUAUAUAUGCAAUUAAGUGUAUACUUGUUGGAGCAAAAUCAGGUUCAAGUUACACUCAUGUCUUGGAAGGGUUGAAAAGGCUUUCUUUUGAAGCUGAAGAGCUUAACAAGAUUGAAGAAUUGAAAGCUAGAGACAUAGAACUAAAUGGUGGAAGUAUCGAGCCAGCACAUGAUGUGGCGGGCUCUUCAAAUGAAUUCACGCUGAUGGAUCACCAACAUGUACAUACAAAGGGACGUGGCAAGCGUCUCAGAUCUGAAAUGGAGUUGUCAAAACCAUUAAGACGGUGUGCGACUUGCGGCAAGCCUGGUCAUGAUACUCGCAACUGUAGUUUAAGUGUCAGCUCUGGGAGCUUAUCUACUAAUGUUGCACUUGACAAACCGCCAAGAGCAUGCAAGCAUUGCAAGGGUUCUGGCCAUGACAAAAGAAAUUGUCCUAAAAUAAGACGCAUAGUUAUUGUGGAGGACGAAGCUAUAUUUUCAGAUGUGUAAGCCAAUUGGAUAUGAAGAAUUUAUUCUCAUGAUUUUACCUUUAGCAGUGGGAGACCAAAAAGAACGCUGUGGAUAUUUCUAAAGAAAAAUGACAGGAAAAAUCUGGAUUUCAUGCUGGUAAAGAUAAGAUUUGAAGCUUUGGAUGAGUUUAUGGAGGUAUCUGCCAACAAACCAUGCAAUUCUUUUGAAGCAAUUGUGAGGGUUGCCAUCUUACAAUAUCCAACAUUUUGUCCAACCCGGUGCAAAAGCUGAGGUGGUUUAUACGUUUCCAACUCCACUGCUAAUGACAGUUUUAUGGAACCAAAGUUUGGUGCAGCAAGGUGAGGCAUUAGGUGCAGAAGAUUGUGAUCGUGUCUGCUCCUUCUGCUGUCCUAAAGUAGACUGGCAAAAAGAUUGAAGUGCCGAGAGUGAGGAAGCAUUCACAAUGAAUGAGGAUCGGAGAUAUGAAGUUUGGGGAGGAUUGCCUAGAGGGCAAUCUGUGACUUCUACCAUGAAUUCAUGUUACAUAGAGCUGGGAACGAGCUGAACAAAUCAAACAAGUUCACGUUCUGACUUGCUUGUUAUCUUUGCACAUGGAGCAGUGAUGCAGCUAGCGAGUCAUCUUCGGGCUUCCUUGUAUAUCAUUACGUAGCUCAUCAGGCGCUCAGUGCAGUCAUUCGGUCAAGCACCGGUAUAAUCAACCCAUCUGAAACCUGACUUGAGUGUGGCCUUCGAAGGCCUAAAAAGCUGCAAGUUCCGUGUUCCGAAAGGGAAAAAGCGCAACGGAUCUAAGUUUGGUCAUCCCCAAAGAUGAGCAAGCUCAUACAAGUGAAGUACUCAUCCUAUUCUUGAUCGGCAUCACUGGUUAUACAUCAACUGUACAAGUUCCAUCCAUUGUUGCCCUCUCAUGAAAGGUACAGAUCCAGCGAUUUGCCCGUUUACAACACUUUCGUGAAGGUCCCUCGAAACCUGAAGAACUUUUGACAGUGCUAUUUAAUGCUUUCGCCAUAGUUAUUGCAGUAGUUGCUUGGCGGUAAGGGUUUGGGAGAUUAUUAGGUAAAAUUGUUGUGUAAAUGAGAGUGGUGAUGAACGAUUGCCGAUCGUCUUCCAUCUCGGUCUUAUAUAACUCCAUCUUCAUUCUUAUAUCCAUUUCAACCUCGGCAGAGUUUACAUUGUUUGUAAUUGUAACAUAUAUGCAGUUACACAUUAGGGCAUGGCUAGUGGAAAUCCAAUCGACGCACCAUGCAUUGGUGGGAUUUUAUUCACACCUGUCUCACAAGCCCCCUGAAGAAGGGCUGAAGCCGUCCUCUCUUCCCCUUGCCCUCAUGGUUCAAGAUUGCUUCAAGACUUGGGUGGACUUGUGGUACAGCAGUCGAGCAAGUGUUGCACUACCACUGUUUGUAAUUCAGAAUAGUGUGCCAUAUAUAUAGUUAUACAUUGGUUGAAAAUUUUGCGCAGCUUCA